AUGCCAUCUGUAACAGAUCUUCAACAACAAUCGUCGAAAAUCUCAUCAAAUAAUAAUGGAAAAUCAACACCACCACCACAACAACAACAACAAAGUUCAGUAUCAACGGGAAAUACAAUGGAUACAACAAAUGCUGAUCCAAUAACUCAAGUUAUUCUUAUGUUGGAAAAAAAACAACGAAAUUUAGGCAAAAGAAAAGAAAAACUUGAAAGUUAUGAAGAAGAAGCAAAAGCUGGUAAAGAACUUAAUAAAGAUCAAAAAGAUGCAUUGGCUAAAUAUAGUGAAGUUCUUGGUCAAAUUGAAUGUUGCAAAGAUAUAUCUGAACAAUUAAAAAAAAUUCAAAUGGAGUCAGCAAAAAAUCAAAAACGUCUUUUUAAACAAGCAACUGAAGAAAAACGAUUAUUAGUAGCUCAACGUCUUCGUGAAUAUGCACAACUUCGUUAUUUACUUGAUCAUCGACCAACAUCAUUAAAACCCGAAGAUUCAUCAUUAUUAGAUGAACUUGCUCGUGUUAUUAUCCCAUCGGAUGUAUCAUUAAAUACAAUAACUCGUUCAAUUGAUACAGUAUUAUCGAUUUAUCAAGGUGGUCCAUCAUCAUCAAUUAAACAUUUAACUGGACGAACAUCACAAGAAUUACGUGAAAUACUUGAACAAUUAAUUAAACAAUGUGAUGUAUCAUUAUCUUCAAUUGAUAUAUCAACAAAUCAACAAACAUCAAUUAAUGAUACAGUCAAACAAACAUCUCUUUCAAUUGAAAAUCCAUCAACAACAAUUGCUUCUGCACUUCCUCAACGAGAACAACAACAGUCGAACGAUAAUAAUGAUGUACUUGGCUCAUCAUUAAGUCAUACUCAUUUGAUUCAAACGAGUCCAAAUGAAUAUCCAUUACAAUUCGAUACACGAACUCAAAAUAUUCCACUUCAAAAAAUUAUUGAAGAUUCAACUUUUUUUCCUCAUGAUCCAGCAGCACCACCAACAACAACAACAAAUAUUAAUCAACAAGUUAAACAAGAAUCAUCAAAUAAUCAAGAUAAUACUCAAAUUCAAACAAAUGAUUCGCAACAAAUUUUACCAACAUUUACCGUUAUUAAUUCAAAUUUGACCGGUCAAACUUCUUCUCAAGGAUUUACGCAACCAACAACUCAACAACAAGGAAAUAAUUACGAUCAAGAAAAUGUAUCAAAUGUUGUUAGUUCAACAAAUGUUCCAACUGAUGAACAACAUCCAGAAGAACAAUGGCAACGACCUCGUGGUAAUAGUGGACAUAUACAUCGUGGUGGACAAUUUAAUGAAAAUCAAAAUAGAAAUCAAUAUCGAGGUGGACAACAUAAUUACAAUCAACAUUGGAGAGGAUCACGUGGUGGUGGUUAUCAUGAUGGUUCCUAUGGCCGUGGUGGUGGAUACCGGGGUGGACCUAAUCCUCAUUACCGAGGUAAUCGGGGUGGUGGUUAUUAUCGUGGUGGUCAUCGAGGUGGUAAUGCUAACGGAUACCAAAAAUCAUCUCAACAUCAACAAAAUACCGAACAACAACAACAACAACAACAACAACAAGUUCGUUCAGCUCCACCAAGUCAACAAUAA